CUGGUGCGACGUUUACGGGCGCAGAGCCGGGGAAGGAGACAGUGCGCGCCUCAUGCCCUUGUACUGCGGUUCCUUAAUGUCGGCUUGUGUGAAGGCGGCAGGAGGGACCGCACUUGUAUAGGCUUCUCAUCUGGUAACUGGAUCCUUUUGUGAUGCUGGAUCUUGUGACCCAUGGCCACUGUGAUAUGCCGAAGACUGCGAGGAGGUGUAUACAAAGCCAGCACGUUUUCAUCGGCGGUCAAGCUGAGGCACAAGAAUCUUCCCAAUGAUCAUGGAAAUGCCUACACCUUGCUGGUCUUGGAGACAGAACGCUUUAAACCCGACAGAAAUGGUUUCAGUGUGGAUUAUCAAACUCUAUACAACCCUGGGGCUUAUCUAGGGCUCAAAAAGUGUAACCGCAAAGUGUCAGAAGACUAUGAGGAUAAUAUUUUGCAUAGAGACUACACCAGAAGGAAUGCCAAGCAGAUUCAAAAUACUUACAGCAUUACGUCUUCCCGAAGCUUAUCUAGUGCAAAAAAUAAUAUCUUAGACUUUGCAUUUAGCAGUCCAAGUACCUUGCAGGCUCAACUGCCAAAAAAUACAAAGCACCAGUUAAAAAAUGAAGCUGAGCCUAAGCUUGAUGAAUACGAAGCUGAAAUCUAUAGCACCAAGGAAGAUCCAAGAAAGUUUCAGCAGUACAGGCCAGAGUACAGAUCCUUGUGCUACAGCAACUCGACCCAAAACGUGUGCACUUCUGUAGAGGAAGAGCAGCACCUUCUGCAACAAGUAACUUUUCUGAAGAGCGAUCUGACUCCUGGAGUCAUCGCUGACUAUUUUGAUAAACUCAGUCAUUUACCUGUUGAUCAAAUGGAAUCGUUACGGGCAAAUACUAAGUUUGCAAUGCUCUGCCGUUACAGUGUAGAAAACCUACAGCAGUAUACUCCUGCAGAGCUGAUACGUAUUCUUGAGGCAUUUGUCCGUAUACAGAUUUCCGUUAAUCACUCAAUGCUCAAUGUCUACGAGGUGGAGUUUUGCCGUAGGGUUUGGGACAUGAGCACAAACGACUUGCUUUUAAUAGCGGACAUGUGGAGGUGCUUGGGUCGUAGCGUGCCUCGUUUUUUAGAGAUCUUAUACAGUUAUAUGGAGCUACGCUGGAAGGAUCUUAAUUUGCCUCAGCUAAUACAGUUGAUCUAUAUUAUUGGGGAAGGGAGAAGGGCACCUCGAGAGCUGAUGCAGAAACUUGAAUCAAUGGUACUGAGACACCUGGAUUCAAUUAACCUCGAAGAACUCGGCACUGUUUGCUUAGGCUUCUUCAAGUCUCAUAAUGGAUUUUCUGAGCAUCUCAUGAGAAAGAUCGGGGACAAAGUUUCUGACAAUAUGAAAGAAAUUAGCAAUUAUGCUUUGGUUAAUGUUCUGAAAAUAUUCCGCUUCACCCAUGUAGAUCAUUUGGUCUUCUUAAAACGACUGGGACAAAUCGCACCCAGCAGAGUCCCCAACAUGGGUUCUCAAGGCAUCAUGCACUUAGCUCUGUCUUGCGCUGCCUUACAUUAUCUAGAUGAAAACAUCAUGAAUGCCGUAGCUGCUACAAUUCCAGACAGGGUUGCUUACUGCAGAAGCAAAGACCUGGCCAAAAUUUUAUGGUCCUUUGGUGCUUUAAACUACCAGCCUCCAAAUGCAAACCACUUUUACACCGCCCUCAUUUCACAGAUUCGGAACAAACUGAGGGAGUUUGAGAAAUUUCCGGAACAUUUUCUCACUUGUUUGUUGGGGCUAGUAUUCGCAAAAUACUAUCCGUUGGAUCUGAUUGGAUUUGCCUUAAGUGAGAAGUUUGUUAAAUUAGCUACCAAGGAAAGCUUGUUUGAACUCAAAAAGGAUCUUUUUACUUUAGAUGGAAGCGUGGAAAUUGAAUGUCCCCGGUACACUGGAAACCACCUGUCUCUCGAGCUUCGACAAGAGGUGACGGAAAUGCUCCAGAGCUUCUCAAGACAGGAUAUUUGCAUCAAACCUGAGGUUCUUGAAGCUGCUACCCUGAUAGAGUCUAUGUUGGGUGGACCCCAGUAUGUAAAGAAUCAUAUGAUUUUGCCUCACACUAGAUCAAAUGACUUGGAGGUCCAUUUGGACAUCAAUUAUAAGCCCAUUCCUAUAAAUUUUGAUUCUGUAGGAUCUUCUCCUGAAAGCUCAGAACUGAAACCUGUGGGUAUCCAGAUAACUGAGGACCUUCUGGAUCAGCUGUUGGACAGCAACCGGAAAAAUAAUCCGCAGAAAGACAUAGAAAAGACCAGAGCACCAAAGUAUGUGGCUGACCAACACAAAGUGGCAAAGGAUUACCCGAAACAACUUCAUGCUGAAUUUUCCAGUGGAGUCUCCAUUACCGACAACCUGAUAUCCAUGUUGUCAAUGUCAAGGGCUUCACCCAAAACACCUGUGUGCACACCAAAGGCACGUUCAGAUGUUUUGAGGUUGGCUAUCCAAGUUUCCAACCGGAAUCACUACUGCUAUGCAUCUAGGCAUCUACUGGGACUCCAUAACUUGAAAAGAAGACAACUCAAACAAUUGGGAUAUGUAGUUGUGGAGAUUCCAUUUUGGGAAUGGUUCCCAUUGCUAAAACGUACACGUUCUGAGAAACUUGCUUACUUGCACCAAAAGAUAUUCAGCUCUGUGGACUAUCUCAGGGGGUGACCUGCUUCUGGUGGGCCGGCAUCCUUAUUAUUAAGGUUUGGUAAUUCUGCGAUGCCGCUUGAUUUAUAGCUUUGAAUUGUAUCAACAUCCACACCACCACCACUAGAACUCUGAUCACCACUUGAUACAGUUGUAUAUGCAAAAUCAGGUCACAUUUAAAUAACCUUUUAUGUUUCCAAAAGUAUAUAUUCUUACAAACAUCUUCCCUUGCGGUUUGACUCUUUGUUCUUUACAAUAAACAGUUCCACCAAUAAA